AUGUUGCAGCGAGUGUUGGCUCGCGAGAAUGUGGACGAGCGCAGGCGUGCGUUAUUUCGCUCUGGCGGCAUCACAACGCACCGUCAAUUACUACAACGUCCUCUUUGGGAUGUCGCUCAUGCUGUGGACAUGUCGGUUCGCGAGGUGGAGCAAUUGAUGACAAAAGUAUCGCUUCGACUGGCCCCAGCAAGUCGAUCGGCCUUCGAUCUCUUUUUGGAAAGUGCCAAUCAUCCGACAUUCCUGCGCACAGGACUGCCAAGCAUUGAUCAGGCUUUGAAUGGAGGUCUGCACUGUCGAGCACUAUCAGAGUUCGUGGGCACUGCAGGAAUUGGCAAGAGUCAAGUGGCCAUGACACUUGCGGUGGUGUGUGCAAUGGAUUAUCCGAACAACGGAGUCGUGUUUUUCGACGUUGAGCACAAUUUCAGUGCCAAACGUUUGUUGCAGAUCACCAUUGCCCGCAUCAAAGUGACCCAAGCUGGUCAAGAAGAUAUCAACGAGCUAGCUGCUGCUGUUAUCAAACGUAUUCGUGUCGUGAAGGUCAACUCCAUCGCAGCUUUCCUUUCCAAAUUCAAGGAGAUGGAAGAUGCCAUGCAUUCACUUAAAGCCAAGCUUCUUAUUAUCGACUGCGUGACGACGCUCUUCCUGAAGGCCGACGACCUAACACAUUCGCAGCGCCAGCAUGAAAUGUUGAGGAUGGCAAGAGACUUGAAGUUAUUCGCAGACACAUACCAGGCGUUCGUUGUGGUCACCAAUCGUGCAACUACAGUAGACGGCGAAGAUGGACUGUACACGAAGCCUCAGCUUGGUGAUAACUGGGCACACUGUGUCACCACUAGGUUCAUCAUGGAGCGACAUUCUCUCUAUCACGCGAUGACCAUCGUCAAGUCUUCCGUUGCAGGAUACGUCGUUCAACCAUUCACAGUCAAGGAAGGCGGCGUAGAACCUGUAGAGGAAGAUGAGUCUUCUCGACGAGCAUAUUUUGACGAGUUCGACAUCCAUGACGACUUACUAAGCGACCUGGCAAUGGCUACAUUGCCUACAGUUAAUCCAGCGUGCACACUACGCUCCACACAGCAGAGUAACGCUGACGAUCCCGACGCAACUCAACUGAUGACUCAAAGCGACAACGAAGCGUCUGAAUCACAACAAGAUCAAGUGCAAGAAACGGAAUCUAGCAGCUUCGAUAUCGUUUCCGACUCCAACUCGGAAGACGAGCACGACUCGUUCCAAUGGGGCCUUAGGAGGGUGUAUUUAGUCCGACGCACGUCCAGCAACUAG